AUGAGGAAGAAGGUAAUAGGUUUGGAUGAUCUUUUAAAUGAUUACUACAAAGAGAAAAGUAAAGUCAUUGAGAGGGAAUCCAAACGAGCGAAGGCACAACAAACCUACAAUUCAGACGAGGAUGAGGAUGCCAGAGAAGUAGAAUUGUCCCAAUGUGUUAACAAAUGCCAAGAACAGAUGGGUCGAAUUGGUGGUGAGGAUGAGAUGUCCUUAUGGGGUCUUCACGUUUUUGGAGAUCAGAAAACUUUGCCAUCCUUGGUAUUUCCUGAGCUUGCAAGUUGUCUGCUUUUGCAGUCUUUCAUGAAUCAUGAGCUCAAUAUUCUGGUUGAGCUUAACACCCAGAGAGGAGAAACUUUCCUUGAAGGACUGCUCGUAGAUGGCUGGCUCUUCAAAUUGGUUUGUAUGUGUGGCCUUGUAGAGAAGUCCAUAGCAGUGUGGACCUUCAAUUUGAUGGUAUACUCAUCAAAGGAAGUGCUGAGGACAUCUGCUUGUGACUUUUGGUGUGCUAUUCUCUCACCUAAAAAUGAGUGUGACGUACUGCGUGUAAAAGUUGAGUGGUUACCUUCCUAUUCUGAACUGAAAAGAGCUCUUGAAAUAUAUGGCUUUCUGUUGGAUUCAUCUUCCAAAUCUUUGUGCAACAUGGAGAUCGUCAGUGCAGAUUCUGAUUGUGCUGGACCACCUCAAAAUAUCAGAGCUUGGAUCAAAUAUGUAGCUGUUUGUUGCCAAGUAAGGAAUUUGCAUGAGAUUUUCUCAACUUCAGAAGUAGAAGAAUUGGUUGGCAUGAUUAUCUGUCUCUUCUUAGAUCGACAAAUUUUAGGCCUCUCCGUGAUUUUGUCCGAAUGCUUGCUGUCAGUAAUUAGAUUCUUUACAGUUGAUGAAUGGAAUGGCAGCUGUGAGAAAAUUGCAAAAUCUCUUGCUUGCAGAGUACCUAUUGACAUCAAUUGCUUGAGAACUGUGGAGAGCAUUUCUGGAAUCGAUGCAUGCAGUAAAGAACUCAGAAGUGCGGUGGCUUUCCAAUUUCUUAUAACUUGUUUUGGGAACAAGGACCUUGAUGCAGAGGAGGUCCUGAGAUUGCUAAUCUCCGUUAAUGUCAAAGACAAAAGUUGUGAUCUUUUUAAAGUGUAUAUUCAUUUGUGUCUCACGGAGAAUUGGCUUUUAUCUAAUCCCAUGUUCAAAAGCAAACCAGUGAUAUAUGAGAUGUGGGGUGUUUACCUCCGAAACUGUUCUUGCCAAAUCGGCAGCACAGAUUUGAGGUCUUUUGCAUCAAAGGUUCGUAGUAAAGCUUCAUAUCUUCUUCAAGGCAAUGCCAACAAAUGAUUGGUGUUGAAGUACGUACCUUUUAAGCCGUUCAUUACCUUUUGAUAGUGCUGUUACUCCACAUCAACUUACAGAGCCUGCAUGACACUAUUUACUGAUUGGUUAUAGUACAAACUUACUUGCAAAUUGCAAGCACUCAGCUAAAUUGAGCUGUGAUGCAAGGGGUGGUUUAGUGGUCUAGUAUGCCAUUGUGGCUAGUUCACUGGCAAAUGACAUAAGCUAUUGUUUUCUUGGUAUUUUAUGCUAGCAAUGGUUGACUAGUUGGUUCUAAGGAUUAUGAGUAUUCACAUGAAAUACAGUAUUUGCAAGGGAAGUUCAAAGGGAAAAUCAGUUCAAACACACAAAGUGAGAGACCUAGUGGUGGGCUUCAGAUCAGAUCAACCUUUUUUUUUGUCGAGGCAUGCACUAAAGCAUCUGUCAGUUUGCCACUGGCCAUGAUUCUAAUGAAGUGGCAUGCUACUCAUGCAUCUUGUUCUGUUAGUUUUUGAAAAUGAAUCUUGUCUGGUGUGUUUUAGUUGAUAUGUAUGCCUUUGAAUUUCUGGGCAAGGCUUUUGUAUAAUGGGCGCCAAAAACUACUACGGUAAUGUUGGGAAUUACAGCCGAUCAUGAUGUAUAUGGCAAGUACUCAAUUGCAGAAGUUUAGUUGUGUCAAUCUCCUUUCUCUCCUGUAUUCUAUUUGUGGUUCUUUCCUUACAAAUGUGGGGAGGGUGAGAGUUGAAGCCCACCAUCAUUCUUCAGUUCAAAGAGCACAAAAUAGUACUUGUUUGAGAGUCAUACUUUUGUCAAAGAUCACGACAUGAUGUUUGAUGUGCUCUGGAUGGCGAGAGUUUAUGUUGUUCAUUAUUAGUUGCUUAAUAUUUGAAGUUGUC